AUGGCAAGCCCACUUAUAAUUCUAUCUUUCUUUAUCCUUUCUUUUUCGGCACCAUCUUAUAGCAGUAACCAAACAGAUAUUACUUCCUUGUUAGCCUUGAAACAAGCUAUACACUUUGAUCCAAACGGAGCACUAAACACGUGGAAUCGAACGACAAACUUUUGCAGGUGGAACGGAAUCACAUGCGGUCGUAAGCACCCGGACCGAGUCGUUGCCAUAGACUUUGAUUCUCAAGGCAUGAUGGGAUCACUCUCACCUCAUAUAGGUAAUCUCUCGUUCCUUAGAAGCAUUAAUCUCCGAGAAAAUAGCUUCGAUGGCCCCAUCCCUCAAGAAAUCGGGCUUUUGAGGCGACUUCAGUUUUUAAGAUUUGACAAUAACUCCUUCUCGGGAACAAUUCCCGAAAAUAUUUCCAUGUGUAAAAAUCUAGUUUAUCUUAACUUGAUCGACAACAAACUCUCGGGAAACGUACCGCCACAACUUGGCUUUUUGUACAAUCUUCAAUCUCUCUAUUUGUCGGCAAACACAUUUUCGGGGCGUAUCCCUCGAUCCAUUGGAAACUUAACAUCUCUCAAACAUCUUUCUUUGGCUGCUUGCGGCUUGAACGGAGAAAUACCCGAAUCGCUUGCUCGUCUUUCUAAUCUAACGUUUCUUCAGUUAGGUGGAAAUAACCUCACUGGCACUAUACCACCCGGUCUCUUCAAUAUAUCUACUAUUUAUCAUUUUGGAGUCGAUAGUAAUAAUCUUCACGGAUCGAUACCAUCAACUAUAGGCCGCACACUCCCUAAUUUGAAGCUUCUAGGUUUGGCACAAAAUCAAUUUAGUGGGAGUAUUCCAAUUUCCCUAGCAAACGCUUCCUUACUUGAAGAGUUAGCGUUAUCGUUAAACUCUUUCACCGGCCUAAUGCCGAGGUGGUUCGGAAAGCUUUUACGGCUUACAUAUUUGUACGUCGGGGACACCUUGAUCGAAGAUGAUAUUAGUUCCAUUUCGUCGUUGACGAAUUGCACAAACCUACAAAUUCUUGAUCUAAGUGAGAUUGCGUUGAGUGGUGCAAUACCCGACAGCAUCAUCGGUAAUCUCUCCGUCCACCUUGAGUUUUUAGCGCUUGCUAGGACUCAAGUGCAUGGAAAGAUUCCACCGGGUAUCGGGAAUCUUGAUGGUCUAACUUACUUGAAUCUGAGGGAAAACUAUCUUGAAGGUCCUAUUCCUUUGAGCAUCGGGAGGCUUUUUAAUUUGCAAUUUCUCGACAUGACAGGUAACGAAUUGACUAGUGAUAUUCCAUCCACAUUCGGAAACUAA